ACACUCACAGCACCUGCUCCGUUUGCAGAUGAAACAAGCUGUCAGUGCCAAGCCCCCCAUGAGAAGCUAACGAUUGCACAAGCCCGCCUGGGAACACCAGUUGACAGACCUGUCAGAGUGUAUGCAGAUGGGAUAUUUGACCUCUUCCACUCUGGCCAUGCUAGAGCUCUUAUGCAAGCCAAAACUCUAUUCCCAAAUAGCUACUUAUUAGUAGGAGUUUGCAGUGAUGAUUUAACUCAUAAAUUCAAAGGCUUCACUGUGAUGAAUGAAACUGAGCGAUAUGAAGCCCUCAGACACUGUCGUUAUGUGGAUGAGGUCAUCAGAGAUGCACCCUGGACACUGACACCCGAGUUCCUUGAAAAACAUAAGAUUGACUUUGUAGCCCAUGAUGACAUCCCGUACUCCUCCGCUGGCUCGGAUGAUGUAUACAAACACAUAAAGGAGGCAGGAAUGUUUGUACCAACGCAGAGAACCGAAGGUAUCUCAACAUCGGAUAUCAUCACAAGGAUCGUCCGGGACUACGAUGUGUACGCCCGGCGCAACCUCCAACGAGGAUACACUGCCAAAGAGCUAAAUGUUAGUUUUAUAAAUGAGAAGAAAUACCGCUUUCAAAACCAAGUGGACAAAAUGAAAGAAAAAGUCAAGAAUGUGGAGGAAAAAUCAAAGGAAUUUGUUUACAAGGUGGAAGAGAAGAGCCAUGACCUCAUUCAGAAAUGGGAAGAAAAGUCCAGGGAAUUUAUUGGCAACUUUUUAGAGCUGUUUGGACCCGAUGGAGCCUGGCCGAGCAUCGCCUGCGAUCCGACUCCCAGUACUCCAGCCAAGGUUGAGACUUCACGUUCCCCAUCCCCCGGAGCAGCAGCGAGGCACUCGCAUUCGACAUUUUCCACAUGAAGCCCGCAGCAGCCGCACAGGACGUGCUAAGAUCUCCCGUAACCCAGCCCGGCAGCCCAACGCAAGGCCGCGUAGGUGCUAACAAGUAGCCGCAUUUGCCUUAGUGUAGCAGAUUGCUUGACUGAAAAGGUGGUCUCUUCCACCCUACCGGCUCUGGCAGGCCUCUACUCAGCUUUACAAAGCAAAAAUAACAAUAAAGCCCAAAGCA